AUGAAUCCAAAUGGUCUAAAGUCGAAAUCUAAAAAGAAAAAAUCAAAACCUCGCAAGCCAAAGCCAAGUCUCUGGCAGCGAGAUGGUGCUUUAAAAUUCAUCAGCAGUGGUCUUGAUACGGAGCAGUCUCGCGAAGAUUUCUUGAAGCGCGAGAGGAAGCGACAGUUUCCAAAUGAAUCUGAUGAUUGCUUUGUUGACGAUUCGUCUGAUGAGGAGCUUGAAAUUACAGAACUAGCGCAUAAGGACUCAGAAGAUAGUGGGGUCCUAUGGGGAGUGAAGGCGAAUAAGAUCAUGCAGAAAAUGGGCUGGAAACGGGGCGAAGGUCUCGGAAAAAUGCUUCCGGAGUUCGGAAUCCGAUCACUCCGAAUUUAA